AUAUGUUUGUUUGACAACCACCAUUACACCACAGAGGAAGGUUAGUUGGUUUUUCCUCUAGUGUUUUGUCUUAGUACUGGUUUAAUACAAACGGCGAGAAAUGUACUUUUAGUAUAUAGAACGAUACAAAUUUUGAAUCAGGUCAGUACUCUCGAUCUCAUAAGACGGUAGUAAGUUUUCAAACAAGCAGGAAUAUCUGGAGGAGUAUCAACUGAACUGAGAUCUGCUGCUGUGAAGAUGGUGUUUGUUAAAGAGGAGAGUGAGGAGGACAUGAGUGAACCAGAACCCUGGAGAAUAAAACACGAGGAACAAGGAGUCCUGGUGAAAGUGAAAGAGGAAAGAGAAGAUCUGAAUGAACUGGAAGAGAAACAUCAGUAUCAGAAAGCUUGUGAUGUCACCACUGGAGAAAAACCAUUGAAUUCCUUCAAAACGGAAAACAGCAGCAUUCAAAUAACAGAAGUCAAAGGGCCUUUCAUCUGCUCUCAGUGUGGAAACACUUUCAAACAGAAAAGAAGCCUUAUGAAUCACAUGUUAAUUCAUAGUGGGAAAAAACCUUUCACCUGUUCUCAGUGUGGAAACACUUUCAAACAGAAAAGAAGCCUUAACAAUCACAUGUUAGUUCAUGCUGGAGUAAAGCCUUUCUCCUGCCCUCAUUGUGGAAAGUGUUUUACACAGAAAAGACAACUUAAUGAGCAUUUGCCAAUUCACACUUCAGAAAAGCCUUUCAAAUGCUCUCAGUGUGGAAACUCUUUCACACGUAAAGAAAAUCUUAAGAAACACAUGUUGAUUCAUGCUGGAAUAAAGCCUUUCAUCUGUCCGCAGUGUGGUAAGGGUUUCACACAGAAACCACACCUUAAUGAUCAUAUGGUUACUCACACUUCAGAAAAGCCUUGUACCUGCCCUCAGUGUGGAAAGUCUUUCACUCGUAAAGGAUACCUUAAGACUCACAUGUUAAUACAUACUAGAAAAAAGCCUUUUAUCUGCUCUCUGUGUGGAAACUCUUUCAUAUGUAAAGGAAUCCUGAAGAAGCACAUGUUAAUUCAUGCUGGAAUAAAGCCUUUCACCUGCUCCCAGUGUGGAAAGAGUUUUACUCAGAGAAAACAACUUAAUGAGCAUGUGCUAUUUCACAGUGAAACACUUGUUUUGCCAUCAUUACUGAAGAACCACCAGAACGUUCAUAAAACUGAGAAGCCGUAUGCUUUCUAGGAGAUUUCUAAGGGUUGACUCUUUAAAAAGGCACCAGAACAUAAUACAUGAGAGCAUGAAAAACUUGUGUGCUUUGUAGGGAUGGACAUUGCUAAGGUUUUACUGCUGUUACUGAUACUGCUCGGUCGAUCUAUUACUUUAACAGUAUUCUUAUUGGUUAUUUUUGUUAUAUAAAAACAAAAUCGAAUCCUUAAUUCUUAAAUUCGAUAUUUUCUCUCUCUCUCAAAACUAUAAAAUAUGUUCAUUUGUUGUCAUUUUGUGGCAAUUUUCUGUUCACUAUACAUGACUUAAUAAAAGAACUGUGAGAACUGUGAGAUUUAUGCUCAAAUGUAACACAUUCCUACACAAAUAAAUGUAAUGCACAAAAAUUAUUCAAAACUUGAGAUGUAGGCAAUCCAGCAAUGAUUAUGUCAGAGAUCAAAUUUGAAUAAGGAAUAACAA